AUGGAUUCACGGACAAUAUGUAACAAGUCUGCGCCAGUACUGGUGUCCACAUCCCUAGAAGGUCUAGAAAUUGGCGUCCCUCCUCCAAGAUAUUUGCAUCCAGCCCGGCUCGACAAGCCCUUACCCAAGCUCCCGGAUCGAACAUCCAGCACCUGCAGCACUGAAGCUACUAUUGACAUUAAUGAUUACACCGAGAAACCCCUGGACCACGACGAUCAUCUGGUGUUAGGAAGCAAACGAUCAAAAUUCGACAUCGACUCGGACACAGCAUCAACACGCUUCUACCGCCAACAAAAAGUGGCUCAUCGAAACUCGCUAAAUACGCGUGCAAGUGAUAGAUCCUCAAUCUGGUUCAAUGCCUUUUUGACAGAAGAGCAGCACGGUGGUGGGAUGCAUUUAGCGAGGGCGAAUCAUUAUUUCCGGGAGAAGAAGUGGGAAAUCUUUCCUGAGUUGGGACCCCAGGCUGCUAGGCGUGAUGCUUCAUUGCCUACCACUACAAAAUCACCGAGAAGAGGUCGACCACGGCUUGCAAAGGGAUUUAGCAGACAGCAGCUGUCUCAGGGACAGCUGUUUGGUAUCGAUCUCAAGCCGGUUGCUAGUCAUAUACAACAUACGGUAGUGGCCAAGACCUCAAGAUUACGAUUACGAAUGAUGUCUCUCGACGAGAAAGAAGAGGAAGAAGAAAUUACGCGAGAGAUGACUCGAUUAUCCCGCAAUGGCUCCUCAUAUUCGUCAUCCAAAGAUUCCGACAAAACUCUGGUCAACAACGCAAUCGAAUUGGUCGAAAGCCCGAAUACAUCAAAACCCAGUUUUGCCAACGUUCGACAACGCAUGCGAGACAUGUCGCCAUGGAUCGUUACUACACGCUCCGAACUCGAAGAAGAGUCCAUAGCACCAUGGAAAACAACCUCAACAGCUGUCCUCAACAGCGUCUCUCAUGUAGGGACCAGGCUAUCGGCAGCGGCAACGACAAGGUCUCGAAGCUGCAGCCAGCCUACUUCCCCUGCAUCCGGACUCGGACAACACACUAGCAACGACUCUGUUGACAUAUCAUCUGCAAACGAAUCCCUACCAGUAGUCCGAGUGGUAACUAAAAAACCAACCCUAUCUAUCCAAACCCAGUUUCAUGUGUCAUCACCACCAACUGCAGAAAGAGGGGAUGUAUCAGUGAUAUCCAUCCCCGAUUACGCCAGACACAUUCGCACCAAAAGCAAAGACAAAACAAAAAGUACUAUGGUAUUUGUUGCAGCUGCCUACGACGGCGCAAAGCAGAAGAUUGCGGAUGUGCAGGCUGCGCGCAGAAGGGCAGAGAUUAAGAAGCAGAUUCGUCUUGUAGGGCCGAUUGAUCAGUACCCUGAUGGGUCUUUUCAUCAGUGGAUUUGA